AUGCGUGCUACUUCCGCAGAAGAAAGCACUGAUAACCAUACUCAAACUAAGGUGAAGGUAUCGCUUCAUAACGAGACCUCACCAUCAUUUCUAGGAGAUGAAACUUCUCAAUCACCGAUCGGUAACGAGACCUUACAUUCGAAAGAAUUCAAUCCUGCUGUUUUGUCCAGUAAUGAUGGAGUUUAUAAAGAUUUAGAAGCUGAAAGACAACGUCAGAUAGAAAUCAACCUUCUGCUACCACCGGUGAAACAAAGAGCCAAUGUAAAGCACGUUUCUAGGGCAUGUUUGAAUUGUCGUUCAAGGCACUUCAAAUGCUCCGGUGAGCUACCUAGCUGUCUGAAAUGUGUGAAAACGGGGACUGUUUGUACCUAUGUUCAAAGUAAGAGGGGGGGUUCCAGAAAAAGAGGUGUUAGUAAAGUUGAUAAGUCUAAAACUAAGAAUAACGACCAACAAGGAAGUACGGAAAUUGAGGAUUUACCUCAUAGAAGAAUAGAUGCCCCCGGUGUCGACCCUGAUAAGGAUGCAUUCUAUCAGAAACCAAUUGCAGGUGGCUGUAGUAAGCCUGGAUGUUCAGGAAAUGGUUGUAAAUUGAAGUCUUCCGUGGUUGACGCUAACGAUAGUGAAAUAAAAAUUAAUCAACUUAGAAAGAGACCAAGAUUCGAAAAAGACGGUCUUCCAAAAUUACCAAACUGUAUGUGUGGUAACGGUGGGCUUGAUCAACCUCCUUAUCUUCCUUCAGAAUUGGAGAAAUUGAAUGUCGGGAUUUCCAUAAAAGACCCUUCAAAUAUGCUCGAGAUAGAUGCUAAUGAAACUGAUGUAAUAAUAAAUAAGUAUUAUGAGAAAUUUCAUUCCGCUCAUCCAUUACUACCUAGAAAAGAAGAGCUUAAAUCAUAUUUUGAAGAUGAGAGUGCAAAACUUGAACUUUUGUAUAUAAUGCAAGUGAUUGUUCAGGGUCAGGAAACCGAUAUAUAUGCCAAUAAUUCAGAAUUAAUAUCUGAUAGAUUAGUACAAUGUCUCGACCUUAUAAAGAAGAACAACUCCCUCGAUAUUGUUUCCUUGAUAUCGCUUCUUCUCGUUUCCAUUAUUGCUCACGUUUCGGCGCUUCAUGACUUCAGUAAGAUUUUACGUCAGUUUUCUAUAAAAAUGAUUCAAGAAUUUGAUAUCAAUAAGCUUGAUGCUAAGCAUGGUUUUGAAAAUAAACCUCAGCUACUUACUCCAUCCGACUCGAAAACCCCUUUUGAUAAUGAACGUAAUAAUCGCCUAUACGAUUCAGAUAGACUUCGAUCUGUUUCCAAGGAGAGUAUAUCUGAUCUGGCAAGAAGGCUCUUUUGGGAGCUUAUAUUUUUUGAUGUUAUCAUUGGAUCUGCAGAUGGAAAAACAUUAACCAAUUUUAGCUCAAUUGAAUGUGAAGUAAAUUAUCCAACCUAUCCACCAGCUCAUGUUUUCGAUUAUAAAGGCAGAGCUGAAGCAGCUUUUUUAGUUAAUAGUGCAAUUAAACUUAAUCUUGCUAUCAUAAACAAACAGCCUUUGGACAAACAUUUGGCACCUUUGAAUGCUAGAUUGUCAACUAUGGAAAUGAAACUUAGUGAUCCACCAUCGUAUAACUCUCCUUUGUUGAUCAACAAACAUGGUGUUGUCAAUGAGGGUGUUCAUCAAUCUAUCUUGUUACUCAACUAUGCUAAAAUAUUCGUUCAUCGUCCCUUUUCGUACUUGUGGAAAAUCAAGUCACCUCAAGUUCCACGGUGUGUUGGUGGCGACUAUAACGAAACUAGAGAGUUUGCGACCGGACUUAAAGGUGAUGCGAUUGCAAUAGUUGAAACUUCGAAAACCAUUGAGGCAGCUGACUCGAUUGUAAGAGUUCUUAUUGAUACCAGUGCUACAAGGGUUUUGAAAAGGACUCCACUUUUUGCAUGCUCUUUAGCAUUGGCAUCGUUGGUUCAUUUGAGUGCUUAUAUAUGGAUUGAAAACAAGCUUCAUGUAUCUCAAGAAGAAGAUGAUAGUUCUUCGUUCACAAAUGAUGAUUUGUCAUCUUUGGCUGAAUACAUAAAGUUGUCGUUGUCGGCCAUCUAUCCAAUUUCUAAACAUUGGAAGUUAUCUGGUAGAUUGACUAAACAUAUAAGAGAUUCUUUAAGUAAGUUACGUCCUGGACUUUAUUCGAAACUAAAAGACGAGUUGCCACAGAUUGAAUCACAAUUAAAGAGUUUCGGUCUUAAGACUGAAAGUAUUGAUGAUCAUGCUAAGGAUUCUAGUAGCAAUUCGAAUAGUAUUAAUGAUAAUACACCUAAUUCUAACUUCAGCAAUCAUUUGACUAAUUCAACUCCACCAAAUCAAAAUUCGACUUCCAAUAGUUCUGAAGAAGCCAACAAAAUCUUCGAUGUUAUACCGAGUGAUAUUAAUUAUGACGUUUUAAUGGAAACGGGAAAUAUAUCACCUGUUUCUGACACUGGCUGUGAUUGGAUCGAUAAAGCCUUGAUGGACUACUUUGAAGACGGAAAUUCAUAUAGUUAA